GUGUCUCUGACUCGAAUAAAACCGAGCGGAGCUGCAGCUCGACUCUGCGUGCAGCAGCAGCUGACCCACCGGCACCCGAAGGCAGAAACAUGGCCGAGCUCCCCCCGCAGGCAGAGGCGUUCAACAAGCCAAAGGUUGAGCUGCAUGUACACCUGGAUGGAGCCAUCAGGGUUCAGACUAUUCUUGAUGUUGCCAAGAGACGAGGCAUCCAUCUUCCAGCAACAACAGUGGAGGAGAUGAAACAGAAGAUUAUUCUUCACGAGCCUGGCACACUCACGAGUUUCUUGGAAAAAUUUGAAGAGUACAUGCACGUGAUUGCCGGUGACAGAGAGGCCAUAAAGAGGAUCGCCUAUGAGUUUGUAGAGGAUAAAGCUAAGGAAGGAGUCAUCUACGUCGAGGUCAGAUACAGCCCACAUUUACUGGCUAACACUAAAGUGGACCCUGUUCCAUGGAACCAAAAAGAAGGCGAUGUGAGUCCGGAUGAGGUGGUGCGUCUGGUUAACGAGGGCCUCAGUGAGGGGGGGAGGGCCUUCAAAAUCAAAGCCAGGUCCAUUCUAUGCUGCAUGCGCCACAUGCCAAACUGGUCCAUGGAGGUUUUGGAGCUGUGUAAGAAAUAUCGACACGAUGGUGUGGUGGCCAUCGAUCUGGCAGGAGAUGAGUCCCUCAACUGUAAGGCCUAUCCAAACCACAGGAUGGCCUAYGAGGAAGCAGUUCGCUGCGGGAUCCACAGGACGGUCCACGCUGGAGAGGUGGGCCCGGCCACGGUGGUGCGGGAGGCUGUAGAGGUGCUGAAAGCUGAGCGUGUCGGUCACGGGUACAGCACGCUGGAGGACCACGCCCUCUACAAACAGCUGCUGGACCAGAACAUGCACUUUGAGAUGUGUCCUGUUUCCAGUAAAUACACGGGGGCCUGCAACUCAGACUUCAGCAAACAUCCCAUCAUCAGGUUCAGGCAGGACAAGGCUAACUACUCCCUGAACACAGACGACCCUCUCAUCUUCAACUCGACCCUGCAGCUGGACUACAGCACGGCACACAAGUACAUGGGAUUUACUGAGGAAGAGUUCAAACGACUGAACAUCAAAUCUGCAGAGUCGUCCUUCCUGCCUGAGGAGGAGAAGGCGGAGCUCCUGGACAGACUGCACGAGGCGUACGAGCUGAUCCAGAGCACCGCCUUUUAAACCACACAGAUCUGAUGGAGAAACAACAGGAAGACAUCAGUCCAGCAGCUCCAUAUCUUUAUCUCCUGUGCAUCAUCAGCUUUCGUCUAACAUUUACACCCCUCUGCUUGUUCUGCUUCAUGGUGCUUUGUGAGAACAAGUUCCUCUGACAGGUGCGAAAAACACAUCCAUCCAUGUGUUAUAGUUUCUAAUGAAGCCUUUUCUAUUAUAUCUAAACUUUAAACUCCUCCAUUAUGUUUACAACCUUUUAGUAAACACACAAGCUUUAAAUAUACAAAUAUUCAGGACUCAAGAAGGUACAGUCUGUGCCCAGCAUCCACACCGGCCACCUGCAGACAAAAGACUAGUUCUCUGUAAACAGAUGACUGACACCACUGAAAACCUGCUACCAGAUAAGCUGGUCCACAUGCUGUUAAAAACCCACUAGAGAUCAAAUGCAUGAAACUGUCUGUGUGCAGAAAAGUCCAAAAUCUUUUUACUAGACCAAUAAGCUGGUCGAUGCCAUUAAGAGACGAGCAACCAGAAGGGACAAAACCAGAAGCUGUUGGUCUGACAGACAGGUCUGCUCGUCUYAGAUCUCCUGUAGAGACACCAGAUCAUCUGAAACAGAUCCAUGCACAGGUCUGUAAGACCAGGAUCAGAACUUUGACACCCCGCAGAGCCAGUCAUGAUCCACAUUAAUAUAAGAAUGUAUUUAUAAACCAAGAUUUUAAAUUAAGUUUUAUUUAAAAAAAUCUGAAAUGCACUACGUGUGAGAACUUUUAGAAAAGCCAAAAAUAUUUGUAACAUGAUAUUCAAGAGAUUUUUUUUAUUUUAUUUUUUCUCUUUUAAUUUGCUUAAAGGGGCAAUAUCAUGUAAAAUCAACUU